AUGGAAAGACUCUUUUACCUUGGCUAUAUACUACAGGAUGUUGUUUUUGAGAAUACAACGAUAUAUCUAUUUCUUACCUGGACAGUUGGACCAGAGGAAUUCCUGGCCUCGGACAAUGGAUGCUCUUCAAAACUAACCCUCUAUCGUGUCAAGACCUAUGGACUCCAGCGUCCAGGCACAGACAUGGCUACAACUCUUGAAGCCGCUACAUGA